AUGGCGGGUGAGUGCGCUUGCACACUUUACGCGUCGACCCCCGAUGUCGAGGCGUCGUACUCCGCCAUCAUCGACGAGAUCCUGCGAGCCAGCGAUCUUAACACCAUCUCCGCGAAGCGCAUACGAAAGGGCCUCCAAGAGCGGGUCGAACACGACACCACACACCAGAAGGAUGCCAUCACCGACCUGAUCAUGAAGCGCUUCGACGCCUUCAACUCCUCCAAUCCCAGCCCUCCCUCGCCCUCAGACCCCAUCCCCACCGUCGAAAACGGCACAUCUACCUCCUCCGCCAAGCGCUCGCCCGCCUCGGAAUCCGCCCUCUCUGACCUCGAAGACGCCGCGCCACCCAAGAAGAAGACUAAGAAGACGCGCCCCAAGGAAGACGACGACGCUGCAUACGCUAGGAGACUGCAGCAGGAAGAGAACAGCCGCAUGCGCAGUACGCGCGGGGGGAACACGAAGAAGCGCGCGCCCUUGCCGAAGAAGAAGACGAAAAAGAAGAGCAGCAACAAAGUCAAGGACGAGGAUGACAGUGACAUCGCGAGCGGGAGUGGUGCGGAGAAGAAGAGUCCAAGUAAAAAGGGGGGAUUUCAUCUCUCCCGCCCCCAAACCGUCAAGAAAAUCUGGGAAUACGUCAAGCAGCGCGACCUCCAGGACCCCGCCGACAAGCGCCAGAUCCGCUGCGACGACGCCAUGCGCGCCGUCUUCAAGCAGGAUCGCGUCCACAUGUUCACCAUGAACAAGAUCCUCAAUCAGAAUCUGUAUGCCGUCGAUGAAAUCACCGCGCCGCCGGCAACGGUGGGCGUGGAUGUCGAUGUCGAGGCGUAG